CCAUCUUGACCAUUCAUUCGUUUUCUAUGGUUGAAGUUAAAAUGUUGUUUAGUUUACAUAUCUGUGAAUAACAUUGUAAUGUUUGCGUAUUUAUUAGUUUAGUUGAUGUAUUAUUUCGAGUUUGAGUGAUUUAUUUGGCUUAUCAAACCUUCAGAGAGCAUUACGAAAUCCGACAUAAAACAACACAGUUCAUUAAAUGAAACAAAUGGUUUUAAUGCGGCGAUUUAUACAAAUAUAGGACAUUAUAAUAAAAAGGCUAGUGCAAAGUGCAGUGUUUGAUAGCGUUUGCAGCAUACUCCUUUUAAAUAAACCGUAUAAACUGAAUUCGUAUUUCGCUUGAGCAAAGAACUUCAAUAUUUAACAACUUCCAAAAGCUAACAAUUAUUGGUGUAGCAACACUGAAGUUGAAUUGGAAAUAUGUAUAUUGAUGUCUUCAGCAGUUCCCAUUGUGGUGGGUCGCACCCAUUUUAGUAUCUAAAGUGCUUUUGUUUUAAUUUUGUAUUUUUAAGUGUCACGCAAAUUACAAAAUUACUGUGUUUUUUGUGUGAAAUUGUUAAUUUGGCUGUGCUUCGAAGUGAAGGUAAAAAAUCGAUUUGUAAUUCCUGCCCAAAAAGUGAUUGCCAAAAUAUCACCACCAUUCUUCGUGGUGUUUGUUAACAAGAAAAAAAAGCGCAUACUCCUUACGUACUCUAAUCCUGAAGCGGGUAAAUGAAUCUUUUGUGACAAAUAUACCAAUUAAAGUUUGUAAGAAAUGUGGCACUUAAUUAAUGAAGAAAGGUGCUACAAAAAUGUGAUUUUACCAAAGAAAAACAAAUUUUCAAUGGUUCCAACAGUUUAUUGUAAAUUACACUAUAUUAUUGGCUUACUAUUAUUGCCAAUGAUAACAUCUGCUCACAACUGUCAGCAUUUCCAUCCCAAAGCGGACGAGGUUGUCCAUGGCGUUCGCAUCGAGACGGCGGACUCGCUGCAUCCACAACAGAGCACACACAGCAUACACAAACGCAGCACCGUUACCGCUGACCAGCCACUGCGAAUUUUACUCUUCUACGAUGAAUCUGUUUUCAGAUUGGAUGAAGACAAGUUUGAGUUAAUCAACAACACAGUAUUACCAGAGGCAGUACAAUUUUGGGAGCAGGCGCUUAUGGUGCGCGAAACAAAGGGUGUCAUUAGGCUAAACAGAAAAUGCAAUAGCACACAAGUAUUUGUGAAAAAUGGUCUGACGCACUGCAUCGACAACUGCAAAAAGGUGACGAUGUGCGGCGAAGUUGAAGUUCCCAAAGAACAUUUAGAUGUAUGUCGCGUCUGCAAUGCCACCGGCCAAAAUUGCCGCAAUGAUGAGUCCACACAGGCGGGUGAGGGCAUUGAAAAUGCCGACUUUAUAUUCUAUGUGUCGGCACGUCAAACGGAACGCUGUCAUAAGGGUCUAACGGUUGCCUAUGCAGCACAUUGUCAACAGGAAGCACAUUUAGAUCGACCCAUUGCGGGUCAUGCCAAUUUGUGUCCGGAGAGUAUAAGUACAAAGCCACAAGAACUACAAACACUGCUAUCCACGGUGAAACAUGAGAUUCUGCACGCCCUUGGCUUUUCGGUCAGUCUUUAUGCAUUCUUCCGCGACGAUGAGGGACGACCACGAACGCCGCGUAAACCGGAUACAGGGAAACCCUACUUAAAUGAGAAAUUGCAAAUCCAUCAGUGGAGCAAUGAGACAAUACGUAAGGUGGUGCGCGAAAAUUGGGCGGUACGUGGCGGUCAUGUGCGCAAAGUUGUCGAUAUGAUGGUGACGCCACGCGUUGUGGCCGAAGUGCGUAAUCAUUUUGAUUGUCCACUACUGGAAGGUGCCGAAUUGGAAGAUCAAGGUGGUGAAGGCACAUCCUUAACGCAUUGGGAAAAGCGCAUUUUAGAGAAUGAGGCAAUGACGGGCACGCAUACACAAUCGCCAGUAUUUUCACGUAUAACGCUGGCGUUGAUGGAAGACUCCGGCUGGUAUCGUGCCAAUUACAGCAUGGCGGCACCCUUGUCUUGGGGUAAAGGUUUGGGUUGUAAUUUCGUUAUGCGCAGUUGCAAAGAGUGGAUACAAGCAAAUAACGGCAGUACGACUAACGAACGGGAUAAUUGGUUGCGAGGCCGUUCAAUUCACCCAUUCUGCUCGAAAGUAAAACAGGAUCCCUUGCAAACGGAAUGCACCGACGAUCGCAAUUCAGUGGCAUUGUGCAAUCUAAUACGACAUGAUUACGAGCUGCCAAAGAAAUAUCAGAAUUUCGACAGCAUAAAUCAUGUGAAGAGCGGUGAGGAAGGCUACUACGGCGGCUCAGUAUCAUUGGCUGAUCAUUGUCCCUAUAUACAGGAGUUCACAUGGCGCAGCAAAAACGUAAUUGUACGCGGUUCGCAUUGUCGCUUUGUCGAGAAUAAUCCAAAACCUGAAAAGAACUUUGCGCUGGAGAGCUAUGGCAUUGGUUCGAAGUGCUUCGAUCACAGUGACUUUAUGUGGGAGGAGCGCUCGUGUCAUCAAACACGCGAAUGGCAACACUGGGGCUCCGGUUGCUACAAAUACGAAUGCUCCGACGGGCGUCUACAUAUAUUAGUGGCAAAUUACACAUACACUUGCUUCUACCCGGGUCAAACGCUGUCGAUACGCAUCAAUGCGAACGAUUGGCUGCAUCGUGGCGCGAUCAUAUGUCCACCAUGCCAUGAAUUGUGUGGUGAAGCUUUCGCUGAAAGAGGCGAGGAGUGUCGCAUGCGUGAGGAAGCGCCACCGGCUAAUAAAUAUCCGCGUGAUACACUGACGUGUGCGGCGUGUGUGAGUGCGGCCUACUGCCGCACAUUAUUGCUUGUUGCCAUAAUUUCUGCAUUUAGUUGGCGUCGUACGCAUAUUUUUAUUGCUUAAUCAUUUUGAUUUUGCGGUUAAGACAAUUUUUUCCUUAUUCUUAUUUUUUUAUUUAGCCCUUCCGCAGUUAUAGCAUAUAAUAUAUGAAACGACAUGUCCUUAUUGUAUAAACUAUAAUGUAAAUAGUAACUAUAUAACUCAGCUAGAAUUAAGUAAAUGUGUUAUAAAGUGAUUUUAAGCAUGUUCAAAUGUAGUUAUAAGCUCAAAUUUAACAAAUUUCUAUUUUAGUUUCUCAUUAUUAAGUAUACUCAUUUAGUGUGAAAUAUUUGAAAGCCGAGUAUGCCAACUGUAUAUACUCGAAAAAAUUAGUUAAAAUUAUUUUCUAAAUUACAUAACAAAAAUUAUUAAUAAUAAUGCAUUUUCAUAAGCUAAAGACUGAGCUCACCAUAUUGGGUACUCAAACAUAAUAAUCGCCAGCAAUUGGCAUGCAGGCAUAAGACACGCAACUGAAUAACAUUUAUUUCAUUUGGCUUGAGUGCAACCACUACAACUGAGUUGUUGCUUAGAUUAAAUAAUUAUAUCGCAUGCGAUUUUGUGAAGUCUUUUAAAUGAUUUGUUUACUGUAUUUCACUUUUUGUAUUAUUAAAAUCGAUUUUUGUGAUAAAUUCUUUGCCGUCAGGGCAUUUCAGCUAUUUUAAAAAGUGAAUUUACACUUCAAUAUGAUUUUCAAUAUUAAAAUUAUAGCUUUGAUUUAAUAUUUUUAUAUCAUGCUACUUUAAAUAUAGAUUACGAUACGAGUAUUUGUUAAAGUAGUCAUUUAGUUUCUGGAAAGUGCUGUUGGAGUGAUAGCCUUAAACGGCGGGAGGUUUAACCAUAAACAUGUUUGGUUAUAUAUUUGUAUGUUUAAGCAGAUUGUAGCAACAUAUGUAUUAACUUCUAAUUCCGACAGAGUUGCUUGCGUUUGUAGAUUAAUAUAAAUGAGCAAAAUCGCUAUAAUGUUAUAUUGUUGUAAUAAAAAGGCUAUUAAGCGAUGUAUUUUGAAUGUAAAAAGGCAUAUUUUUAAUAUAAUUUAGUCAAUAAUUGCAUUUUAUGGCACCCGCAACUUGUCCUAUAACACUAUACGACAAAAUCGAUUUUUUUCUGGGUAUUGCACCAAACUAAUAUUUUCCAGAAGAUUGAGUGAUAAGUAAAAAAAAUAAUUAUAUUCUCCAAUUUUCGAAGUUAGUCUACAAAAUCGAAAAUUUUGAAGUUCGAAAAAAGAGCUUUUUAAAAAUAUAAAAGUUAUAAUUUAGCUUAUAUCUAUAUUUUGUAGAUUUUUUAAUAGUUAUGUAUAUCUUGUAAUUAAUAAUAUUUUUUAAAUGCCCUUUUUUCGAACUUCGAAUCUAAAUAUUUGGAUUUUGGAGGCUAACUUCGAAAAUCGGAUAAUACAAUACCCAGCUGAGUGUUGUACAGUUCAUAUAUAAAUGCAAGAUAAUUCAUGGUUGGAUCGAAUCGAUGAAUAGUAUAGACUUGUAAAUUCGAUUUCUUUACUAGUUGACUAAAGAGGGGGAAAUAGGUUUCCACGCACAGAAAAGAAGAUUAAUACUGAAAACUUAAAAUUCCAAAGCUGCUAAACAGAUAUGCUUUAUUUGCAUUUGACUAUAAUAUAUUGUUUUAUUGCUUUUUUAUUUCACUUAUACGUACAUAUAUAUAUGAGAAAAAUGUAUAUUCUUAGAAAUGAGUACUCGUACAUUGCUGCCUACAAGCAAUUUGUCUAACUACUAUAAACAUAUGCAGUGUAUAUUUAUAUAUAUAUAUAUAUAUAUAUAUAUGUACAUAUAUCACAGCAUUACUAAUUGCUACUCUACAUAUAAUUCAAAUUGUGAUUUAUAAUAUACAUAAAUUUUUAGGCGAAACAUUACUUUAACUAUAAUACUAAUAAUUGAAAGUCUUCUAGAAAUUGUAUACCAUACAUUCCCGUUAUAUAACGUUCCGUACUAGGACCUGCCCUACAUGUGACUACAUAUAUACAUAUAUUUAAUAAAACAAAAACUAUUGUUGUUUGUUUUUUGAGGCAACUUUAUAUGCUCAGUGUAAUUGUAUGUAUGCGUAAUGCAUUUUAAACGCCUAAAUGUAGGCUCAAUACUAUAGUAUGUAAUUUGUUGUUCGAAUGUGUGAAGCAACAUAUAUAAA